AUGAUUUCAUUCAGACAGGCAGCUCUUAAACCAGCGAGACAGCCGGUUCUCCAAUUUGCUCGUGGCAAAAGGACCAAGACUAAAGGCAAUUUGACGCCUGCAGUGCAAAGAGUAGUUACGCAACUGAGCGUGAUGUCUGCUAGCAGAAAACAACCCAAAAUGCUGAAGCUUUCGCGGGAGGACUUCAUCAAGCACCAAACGAUCCAAAACUGCUGGGCGGUGCACCAGAAAGAGCUGCGCGAAAAGCGUAGCGAGCAGCUGAGGCUGCAGUACAAGAGCACGGAAAAGGCGAUGGAACUACUCGCUCAACUCGAUCCCACGCUUUUCGAAGCUGCGAACGCCUCCGAGGCGGGCAAGCGGUUUCCCUUGGAACUUAAGGUACCUACGGAGUACCCUCCAAAUCAAAUAUGGUACCACAACUAUAAGCCAAAGUCAGAGUAG